GAGAGUCUGUUGGACUUCAACAGCGACAAAAUGCUGUUCAUCAACGACUGUUACACACGUGGUGUGUCACUGAUGUUGCUGUGCUCCAUCACGUGCUGCGCUGCUUAUAAUGUCGACGUGCAGUCUGCAGUCGUUCAUCAUGGACCCAACAAAACUUCCUUUGGAUACCGCGCUGAGUUCCUCAUAUUUGAUAAUGGUUCUACAAGGUUGCUGGUUUCAGCUCCACGCUUCAAACCUGAGAAUCAGAAGUUAUCGGGAAAACACUUCUUCUGUGAACCGUUAAAACACGAUACAUGUGUUGAAAAGACGACCAUUCCAUUUGGCAGAAAACAAGAAAAGGCUAGCCAAGACUUUGGAGAGAAGGGAGAAAUGUUUGGUCUUACAGUAACCUUGAUCAACAAAUCCAGUGCUUUGGUGUGUGGACCAGUCUGGAAUGACCAGUCAUGGUAUUCUAAUGACUUUCCAGUUGGGCGAUGUCAGCUUAUUCCACCCGGGACAUCUUCUUUAUCUCCUCUUUACAAUAAUUCUGCUCAUCAAUACAUCGGACUUGUGGAAGUGGAUGGGAAAAAGAUUGUUAAUCUUUUGAAUGGUUUCGCGCAGUUUGGCUUCUCCGCAGCAGUUGAUGGGGAUGGGGAUAUUGUGAUAGGAACUCCUGGAUUCAGUCUCGGAAAAGGAUCAUUUGGUGUCCUUACACUAGAAGGCGAAGAGUUUGACAUGAACAGAAACAAGUCAUUUGACGAUGAGGCUUAUGUUAACUUGGGUUUUGCUGUUACCGUUGGAAAUUUCUGCGGUAACGUGACAGUUUGUUUUGCUGUGUCAAACAGAAUGCCCAAUGGAAAGGUGUACAUCGUGGCAAGGAAACAACCAAAAGUCUUCGAUCAGAUUCAGCUCUUGCAAGAAUUUCAGGAUUACUCCUCGUACGGAUCCAGCCUGUGUUCCAUGGACAUCAAUGGAGACGGUCUCUCUGAUCUGUUGGUUGGAGCCCCGACAUACUCGUAUCACAACAAUGUCUCGUGGUCUUACGACGAGGGCAGGGUGUUUGUCUACCUACAGCUGCAGGGCAAGCUUCAAAGGGAAGUCAUUCUGGCUGGUGGCAGUAGGAUGUUUGCUCGUUUCGGAUCUGCUAUAGGAGACAUUGGCGACAUCAACCAGGACUCUAUAAAUGAUGUAGCCGUCGGCGCACCACAGGAGGACGAAGGAGUAGGGGCAGUGUACAUUUACCUGGGAGGAUCAAAGGGACCGAGUCAAAGCUACUCACAGCGCAUCUCUGGGCAGCUUUUGAAGAAAGGACUACUCUCAUUUGGAACUCACAUAUCGCAGCCUAUUUCAAACUUGAGCGCCUAUCCAGCCUUUGCCGUAGGAAGCCCAGAAAGCGAUGCUGUUGUUGUUCUCCGCAUUCGCCCGAUCAUCAACGCUAGAGCCUACAUCCUGACACCUGCAAGCCCUGUAAACAGCUCUAACAACCUCUGUCCACCCAACAUCAGCAUAGACAGGCUCACGAUCAGUGGAUGUUUAGAGCUGAAACUAUGUGUAAACUACUCUGUCAGCCAUGCAAGACAACAACAUGACACUGUUUCAUUUGACUUGACUUUCGAAAUCGAUACUCAGACCAACAGAGGAUGGAGGAGGAUGCAUCUAUACAGAGGUCAAGGCAACCCCACAGUGAAGUCAGUCAGAGAGACUGUGUCUGUGAACUCCGAGCAAGGUCACUGCCAGUUGUAUACUGCAGUAAUGAGAGAGAAGCGGAUCAACUUAAAUCGUUUUCAACCGGUGAAAAUAGAAGCUACGUUUGCUUUGAACACCACACAAGUCAAUGAAGACAAUGAAGACAUUACGCCCAUUUUGAAUAAAGAUUUACCUACCAACACAUUAACAGAGCUGCGGUUCCUGCUUAGUUGUGGUGAAAAUCAGACGUGCAGACCGGACUUGGUUUUGUCGGGGAACGUGCUUCACGUGCCGUCAGAAGAAAUUCUGAAUCUGAAUGUUGUCAACAUCACGAGUGAAGUGGUGUUAAACCUCUCUGUCACCAACAAACAGGAAACAGCUUACGGGAUCAGGCUGAUAGUCAGCAUACAAGGACAGAUUCAAUUUCGAGCUGCAGAUGGCAACUACGCAUCAAGUUUUAGUUGUGACCUUCCAAACAACCAAGAAGACAACGAGCUGGAUGAGGGGAGGACCACAUUAACUUGCUCUAGCUGGUCUCCUCUGAACCAAGGGAACACCUUGUCCGUCAGACUUCUGUUCGAUGGAGCUUCGGUCUCGCUGGAGGCCAGCUCCCCACUGAUAAUGUUCAAUGUUACUUCCGAGCCCUACGACAUCGUUCAGAAUCCAGAAAUAGAAAUGAGUGACAACACGAUCCUUCUGGAGUCCAGAAAGGUGAUCAUUGCGGACCUUCAUCUAGAGGGGUCGUCAGACCCUCAUUCUCUGUAUAUCUACCCGGAGUCCGAUCACACGUCUCUACAAGGCGCCCACAGGCUGCUGGUAACCAAUCGCGGCCCGAGCUUCAUGCCCUCUACUCACGUGAUCAUCAGUCUUCCUUAUAUGGACAUGGAGGGCAGGGAGCUGCUGAUAUCACACAAUGUGAUGGUUAAGCACUCGGAUGGAGCCGUAGACCAGUGUUCUUUUGUCGACUUUUUCGAUGCGGGUAUGGUUAUGACAACACAAUCCACGGUAAAUCCUUCUACAACCCUUGGGUCAGAGGGCUUGACCUUUGGCGAAGUAAAGGCAUCACGUCGUCGUCGUCGUCAAGCAGGUGACGAAGCACACGAUAACACGACCACGAAGUCGGGCAACGGAAGACAAGAAGCGUAUUUACUGGACUGUAUGAGCUACAAGUGUAAAGCCUUUAAAUGUAGACUGCCGAUACUCCAGAGACAUUCACAGGUUGAGAUUGAUAUCUCCCUUGUGUUGGAUAAAGACGCCCUGAUCUUCUCCAGUAAUAUCGACACCAUCAUGUACCUGACCAAAAGCAAAGUAGAGGAACCAUCAUCUCCCUUCUUCUAUAAGUGGACAGAGCCGCGAUCCACAAAUGUAUCCACCCCGAUUUAUUAUGUGAGGUCACGCAGCAAGGUCAGCAUUUGGAUCAUCGUUGGCGGUGUCGUCGGUGGCCUUCUGGUGCUCGUUGUUAUCAUCGUCGUUCUUAGACGUCUGGGCUUCUUCCGUCGUGCGGACAAAGCAAGGCUGCAGAGACUGAAGCGAGAGAGCGGGUUUUACAGCAGCAGACAACAGCCACAGAACUCUGUCAGUCUCUUCACGGAGGAGGAGUCGAUCACCGACGAAAAGAUAGAGAACUAAAGCCACCCAGUCUGCCGCGUAAAGUGUAUAAAAAUAAGAAUAUUUUCUGCAUCACAAAUGAGACUUUUUGUAAACUGGAUUACACACAAUUACCUACUGUUACCUACCUACUAUUAUAGAAAUAAAGCAUUGUCUCGAAUGUA